AUAUCAUCCAAAGCCCCCGCCAAUUGGAGAAAGAAAAAUCAAUACACUGGGUAAGACACCCCCAGGAGUACGCAUGUUCCAACUUUAUUCCUGCUCAAUAAUGUCGAGUGUCGUUUUGAACCAUCUUGUUAUCAGCGCGUAACAGGACCUAAAAUUAGUUUUCUGGGAAAGUACUAUUUUCAAGAAAAUCUGUGAAAAAUGUCUGGCAGUAAGUGUGUUAAACCACCUCGUAAGGCUUAUGCUAAGGAACCACAUGAAAUGACCCAUUCGGAGAAGCUCAGGCUCAUUGAUGAUGAACUCAAUUCUUUCUAUAAGUAUUGCCAACAGGCUGGUUUUACCGAGGAAGAAAUGGACAUCAUCUGCCAGCCUCUGGUGGCUGCUAUGCGUAGAUCCUGGCUGCAGCUUGUUUUUCGAGCAACACUAAUUUUGAUUAUUAUUGGAACUCUAGCUUGUCUUGUUGCUCAAAUAGAUUUUGUUGGAACCCAUUUUUCCGCUGUUAGCAGGCUAAUGUUGAUCAAAGUAUUACCAAUUUGGAAUUGGCAGCCACUUUAUUAUGAAAAUUGUAUGAUCAACAACCCUUUCUAUAACGACUACACCAUAACUGAAGAAGAUUGUGUGACUUGUGAAGCGUUGGAGAAUAUUGAUCGCCUUUCAGAUGUGAGGUAUCGGAACCUGGUUGAUAAUUAUCUAAAUCGAGAUGCACCUGCUAUAAUAACAGAUGCUAUGAAUUCUUGGCACGUGAUGAAUACCGAAUACUUUUGGUUCGACAAUAUAACCAAUCUAUAUUUGGAAAAUGAACGUUUAAUGGAGACGGUACCCUGCGCCCUGACAUCCAAUUUAAGAACAGGUUCUUCAGAUUUAGCAGCAUUUCUUCGAAGAGUUCAUUCUCCCGGUGUAGCUAAGUGGUUUGUUCAUUGGCAGAAUUGUGACAUCAAUGCUGUCAAAGUUCUGCGAAAGUAUUACCAACGACCAUACUUCCUUUCAAGCACUGUCUCGCCAGCUCAUUUCAAUUGGGUCUUAAUGUCUUCAGACUACAACAGUCCCAAUUACAAAAAGGUCGAACUUGAUUCAGGAUUAAUUGCUUUGGCCCAAUUAAGAGGGGCCACCCAACUCAGACUAACACCAAUUAAUCCUUGUAAUAGCUCGUGUCCUGAGCUAAUUGCUGAUUUACAUCAAGGCGAGAUGCUCGUUUUCACCAACCUAAUGUGGAAUCUAGAAUAUGCGCCAAUGAGAGGUCUGGAUAACAUAGCAAUUCUCACAGAGACAGUUUGGGAAGAAGAUUCAUAAAAUUCUGAAAUCACAUAAUUUUUUAUGUCUUCAUCGUAGUGCGUGAAAUUGCCGCAUCAGUGAAACUAAAAUGUUCUUAGUGUACGCAGAAUAUGAAUUUUUUUCGCUGUAAAAAUAUAUGUACUUCAUGCACUCAUUGACUAAACAUUUUACCAAUUUUAAAUCAUGCCUUCCCACACUCUUAUACAGCGAUGCAAUAUUUGUUUUAUAAGAAAUUGUAAUUCAUAUUCAAUUAUUUAUAAGCAACUUUAUGUUCAUAUUCAAUAAUUUCAU